CUCGCGCACUCGCAGCCCUAUCGCCUCGCUCUCCCUCCAGCAGAACAGGGGGAGUUCGAUCUGGAUCUGCAGUUGCGGCGGCUUGCAGAGGCACCCCCAGGCUGCUCCGCUGCUGCUCCUUGGCUGUUGGCUCGCACCGGGAAGACGAAGAGAAGAAAAGAAAGCCCAGCAUGGAUCAAAUGGAAGUGGAUCAGCAACCGCAACAACCACACCAUCAAAGUGAGAAACAAAUAUUCGAUAGAUGCAUGAGAAAUAAAGCCAGAGACUUUCGUGAUAAAAGCUAUGGGAUUGUUAAGACCCAUGGUGUCGCCUAUAAUAGGGAGAUUGGAAGAACUGUGACAGCUUAUGCUCACAUCCCCCAAAGUGUAGACUCCUGGUUAAAUUCAUUAAGUAUUCAAGGUUCCGUUGACGUUCCCACAAUUUUAAAAGAUAGUAUUAGGGAUUUGUAUGAGCUACUUGAGAGGUUAUGGGACAAAAACAUGACAGUAGAUGAUGUGGGCCUUAGUGGAACUUAUGGUCUCAAUGGCGACAUGAUGCAAAUUAAACCAUCCCAUGUUCGUGUAAGGAAUCUUGAUGCUAGGCGGCCUUCGCAAGGUUUGGCAGACAUGAUAUUCCGCAAUAUUUUGAACCGCUGGACAAAUGAUGUUGAACUAAGGCACUUUCAUCAAUUCCUCCUUAAUACAAAUAUAUGCAAAGAAGAUGUCCUCAAUCAUCCAUUCCUAGGAAACUCCGGUGCUAGGGAGGGCAUGUACAAGAAAUUGUUUAGAAGAAAUUUUACCCAACGUCAAAAAGAUUGGUUGCAGAACAACAUUAACACACAAGGGUGGCAAGUCCGAGUUGAUCCUGCUGAUCCAAAUGCAGAUUUUGGUUUUAGAGAGAUUAUGCUUUUUCAGAAACAAAAUAAGUGGGCCAAUGCGUUUGAGCCAAAUACUUGGGGUGCCUUACACUUUGCAAAAAUAGCCGUAUCCCAUUAUCACGAACAUGAUCCUGUCGGGCGUCCCCAGCUUGAUGCUAAGCUCAAGGAUCUUCUACCUGGACUACUUGCUGGAGUAUAUGGUGCAACGUUUAAUCGGGACUUUUUAAAAGGUCCCGGAUGAUCUACCUGGCCUUCCUUCGCUUAACUGGAGUGUGUGGUGCCAAACCACUUUCAAGGUCUCGGCUAGUUGACUACUCCCUCCAUCCCAAAAUUCUUGUCUUAGAUUUGUCUAAAUACGGAUGUAUCUAGUUGCAUUUUAGUGUUUGAUACAUCCGUAUCUAGACAAAUGUAAGACAAGAAUUUUGGGACGGAGGGAGUACUUAUUAUCUAAACUUUAGGGCUACUUAUCCAACUUGUACGCAUGUGAGCUUGUGAGCCACUGUGGCACUAUUGACUUGGAACACAUUUGUUGUUGUGUGCUUGCUUUGUUCUUUGGAUUUUUUAUCCUUUGUUG